GAUGGAAGCCGCGCGCCCAGCUCGGGCUGCCAGCGCUGCUGCGGAAGCAGUGGGCAGGCUGCGACCCGAAGUGUGACGUCUUCAAAGACGCCAGCUUCGAGGACAUCGCCGUCUGGAAGGAGCCCGGCCCGCAGCUGGCCGCCGCCGCGGAGCCCGCGCAGCCCGCGGCCGAGUCGGCGGAGCAGCCCGCGGCGGCGGUGCGCGAGCGCAGCUACCCGACGCUGCUGGGCCACACGCGGAGCGCGGAGCCGGCGAAGCCAGCGAGGGCCCUCAGCAAGCUCCCGAACGACGUCGGGAUUCAGGUCGACCCUGGCGACCUCUUGGGGCAG